UAAUAAUGUGUUAAUUCCACGACUGUAUAUAUCGGUAUCGGUUGAUAUUGGAAUCGGUAAUUAAGAGUUGGACAAUAUCGGAAUAUCGGUAAAAAAGUCAUUAUCGGACAUCUCUACAAUUGUAUUCAAUUCUAUUCUAAGGCUUUUCUUUGCCUUCCAGUCUCCAACCAGGUCGAGGUUAUUGUUGUUAUUGUUUUCUUUGUUUGCUGUGUGACUGCUGGCUGCUUUGCCACAAAAACUUGAUCUUCUGGUUGAGCGUGUGGGCGUAUGUGUGUGUACUUUGUCACAUCCUGCUUCUGCCCAGCACAAGGAUGAGGACGCUGUGUCCGAUAGAAGAAGACGAGCCGCUGAGGAAGAAAACUUGAACUCCGAGAGCUGCCGUCAUGAGGCACAAAGCUGCUACCUACGCCGCAGUCCUCGUGGUCCUCGUGCUGACGUGGAACGUGUCCAAGAACGUCUGGCAAGGAGCGAGACAACCUCUGGGCGUGAGAAGUGUGGAGCAAACUAAAGUCAAAGUGCAACCAGAAACUUCUUCGCCAAAGUGCGGCCUGUCCAGAUUGUGCCCUCCUCAGCACUUUGCCGUGCACGUGCGCAGCGGAGCCGCCGACGUGGUCGGCCCAAAGAUCUGCUUUGAUGGUCAGAUCAUCAUGAGUCACAUGCUCAACAACGUGGGACCUGGCCUCAACAUCGUUGUCAUCAACGGUGUUGAUGGAGCUGUGGACAAAAGCGGUUAUCUCAACAUGAAAGAUGGCGUCCCAGAGGACAUAUUGGCGUACCUGAAAGCCAUUAAAUCAGGAGACGUGGUCAUUGUGGCGUCUUUUGACGACGUGACAACAAAGUUGACAGAAGAAAUGAAAGAGAUCUUCGUAAACAUGGGCAGCACUUUGAUCACAUCACUGCGUUACCGUGACAACUGGGUGUUUGCAGGAAGAGGCAGGGCAGGAAACAUCAGCUCCUUUGAGAAGCGAGCUGCCAACCAGCGUGAAAACAACGCUUAUGAGGACUGGCCUACAGCUGUGGAAAUAGGAGGAUGUUUCCCCGCCACUGCCUAAAUAUUUACCAACAAUACAAGAAUCAUCUUCGCUGUACAGUCAAACUUCACCUGUUCCUGGGAAUCCUGUACAAACUGUCAAGCUAAACCAAAAGAAAUCAUUCAAAUUCAGACUUUUUCCCGAAAAUAUGAACAAACACCAAAAACCAGCAAAAACUAUGAUUUUACAUAUGUGUCCUGAUUGACAUCAGAUAGCCUAUGGGUUUGAUAUCAUUAAAAAAAAAAAAAAGCAGAUAUGGAGGAUAUGAGCUUGCAUCUAAUGUUUUUCAUACUUACCAAUGUUCUCUGUUUGACUGAUUGCACUUGAUCAAACCUUUAAAAAAAUUCCACUAGGGUUGUACGGUAUACGGAGACUCAUGUUGCGACUCAACACAUGCACACAGCACUUGUAAGCAGAAACAGUGCGGAAACAGAAGAGGGAGAAUGGACAUAUUUUGGCUUUAAAACUAAUGAUCAAGGUGGAGCUAUAAACACUCAAGUGCCAUUGUGCUGUUGAGGCUUUAAAGGGGAACAUUAUCACAAUUUCAGAAGGGUUGAAACCAUUAAAAAUCAGUUCCCAGUGGCUUAUUUUAUUUUUCGAAUUUUUUUUCAAAAUUUUACCCAUCACGCAAUAUCCCUAAAAAAAGCUUCAAAGUGCCUGAUUUUAACCAUCGUUAUAUACACCCGUCCAUUUUCCUGUGACGUCACAUAGUGAUGCCAAUACAAACAAACAUGGCGGAUGGACAGCAAGGUAUAGCGACAUUAGCUCGGAUUCAGACUCGGAUUUCAGCGGCUUAAGCGAAAUUGAAGAAGAAACUGAAGCUAUUGAGCCAUAUCGGUUUGAACCGUAUGCAAGCGAAACCGACGAAAACGACACGACAGCCAGCGACACGGGAGAAAGCGAGGACGAAUUCGGCAAUCGCCUUCUAACCAACGAUUGGUAUGUGUUUGUUUUUAAGUGUUGUAAUGUUUUUAAGCUAAAUUAUUGGUAAACACAGUUUAUGUAUAAUAAUUUACGUAAAACCGCGAGUAAUGAAUAAAGUUUUCAUCAAUUGAUAUAUUCUGUAGACAUACCCUCAUCCGUUGGGAAGACUAUGUCUCCCGGCUGGCCUGGGAACGCCUCGGGGUCCCACAGGAAGAGCUGGACGAAGUGGCUGGGGAGAGGGAAGUCUGGGCUUCCCUGCUUAGGCUGCUGCCCCCGCGACCCGACCUCGGAUAAGCGGAAGAAGAUGGAUGGAGAUGGAUACCCUCAUCCGCUCUCUUUUCCUGAAAGCUGAUCUGUUCAGUUUUGGAGUUGAUGUCAGCAGGCCAGGGAAGCUAGGGUCGAUAUUCUUCUUUUGAUCAUCUUCGGUGGCUUAAGGGACGGUAGAAGCGGUGUGAGCCAAGACAUCCAGGGGGUUUAGCUCGCUCGUCUGCGGGAACAAACUGCCGCCGUUGCUUGCCGUGCUACCGAGGUCCUAUGUCCCUGAAUAGCUCACACACUCCGGCAGAUUCAAUGGGGGUCUGGCGGCAGAUUUCUUUGACUUUAUCAUUGGAAAUGCAUCUGCUUUGAGUGUCGCAGGAUAUCCACACAUUCUUGCCAUCUCUGUCGUAGCAUAGCUUUCGUCGGUAAAGUGUGCGGAACAAACGACUGACCAUUUUCGUCGGCUUUCCUCACACCCUCGUAUUUUGAACAACAUUCGUCCAAUUUCUUGCCACUUUCGCAUCUUUGGGCCACUGGUGCAACUUGAGUCCGUCCCUGUUCGUGUUGUUACACCCUCCGACAACACACCGACGAGGCAUGAUGUCUCCAAGGUACGGAAAACAGUCGAAAAAACGGAAAAUAACAGAGCUGAUUUGAUUCGGUGUUUGUAAUGUGUUUGAGAAAAUGGCGGAUUGCUUCCCGAUGUGACGUCACCUUGUGACGUCAUCGCUCCGAGAGCGAAUAAGAGAAAGGCGUUUAAUUCGCCAAAAUUCACCCAUUUAGAGUUCGGAAAUCGGUUAAAAGAAUAUAUGGUCUUUUUUCUGCAACAUCAAGGUAUAUAUUGACGCUUACAUAGGUCUGGUGAUAAUGUUCCCCUUUAAAUCAUAGCUAGCUAAUAGCUAGCUCGCAGCUAAUGUCCGUCCACACAGUGUUUUAGCUACUUCUAAAUGACUAAGCCUCACCUCCAUAGUGACAAAUAAAGUAUGUUACUUUCAAGUAUCAUCCCUGCAGGAUGAGGAAUAGCUAAACAUGCUUCACUACACACCGUAGCUCACCGCUUACAGCAAGCUAGCUCUCCUGAAUGUAAACAAAUGGCUGGAUCGCAACAAAUAUCAAUUGUAACGAUACGAAGUAGAAGAGCCAUAUCUAGUCAAUUCUACAAUGAUUACAUCGAUGUUUUUUAUUAUCACAAAAUUAUUUGUCUUUUGUUAUUGUUUAUAAACUCAGGAAAUAUGUCCACGGACUUUAAUUACCGUAUUUUCCGCACCAUUAGCCGCACCUAAAAACCACAAAUUUACUCAAAAGCUGACAGUGCGGCUUUUAACCCGGUGCGCUUUAUAUAUGGAUAAAUAUUAAGAUUCAUUUU